AUUGUCAACUUGCCAUCGGCAUGCACAAUCCUAAAAAGACUUUUCCAAUUACUAUGCGCUUCUUGGGAUUGAUUAUCAGAACUUCCACUUCAUUGCCAUUUCUCUGCAACUAUUUUCCAGUUUUGUCAAAGCAUAUCAAAGUUAACUGGAAGCUUUUUCCUAGUGAUUUCCGAGUUCAAAAAACCAUUUGGAAGAGUUUUAUGGCUAUGACCACCAAACGAAUCGGUACUCACAAUGGAAAGUUUCAUUGCGAUGAAGCUUUGGCAUGUUUUUUAUUAAGGCUUACGGAUAAUUUUAGAGAUGCCUCAGUUGUUAGGACCCGAGAAGAAAAUGUUUUAUCCCAGAUGGACUGCGUUGUUGACGUUGGAGGUGUUUAUGACCCAACUAUAUUUCGUUUCGACCAUCAUCAACGCGGUUUCUUUGAAACUUUUUCGGCGAAAACUUCUAUCCCUUUAAGUAGUGCUGGACUAGUCUACAAGCACUUUGGUAGAGAAAUUCUCACCAAACUUUUGCCGGACAUGGACGACACGAAUAGAAGUAUUCUUUUCGAACAUGUUUACAACUCUUUUGUAGAGGAACUGGAUGCUAUUGAUAAUGGAGUCAAUGCUUAUGAUACCGAUGUUGCACCGAAAUAUUCCAUUCAUACACAUCUUUCUGCUCGAGUAGGAAGUUUGAAUCCAGCUUGGAAUGAUAGUGACCCUGAUGAAGAGACAGCUUUUCAAAAGGCGAUGAAGCUGGCGGGAGAUGAAUUUAUAGAGUUUGUAAAGAAGAGUGCUAAUAUUUGGCUUCCAGCCAGAAAUAUUGUAAAAGAGGCUUUUGAUAGGAGAGCCUCCAUAGAUGACUCAUUAGAAAUUGUAGUCUUAGAAACUGCGUGUCCAUGGAAAUCGCAUCUUUAUGAACUCGAAGAAGUAGCUCAAAAUGACGAAGCAAAGAGCAUCAAAUAUGUUUUGUAUCCACGAAAAGAUGGCUCUUGGAGUGUCCAGGCAGUUAGUCUCUCAGAACAAUCCUUCAAGAGCAGAAAGCCUUUGCCCUCCAAUUGGAGAGGCCUACGAGAUGAUGCACUGAGUAGUGUGGUGGGUAUACCAGACUGCGUGUUUGUACAUGCUACGGGAUUUAUAGGAGUUCAUAAAAACUAUAAAGGUGCUUUGACCAUGGCACGCAAAGCGUUAAAGAUAGUAGAUUCCGAAUAAAAAUACAUACUUUGUCUAGUUGAAAUAA